AUGGACCCUCACGACCGCUACGGCUAUGAAGAGGCGCUGUCUGCGAGGAUGGUGAAGUUCGGGCAGGAGGAAGUCUGUGCGAUGGAUUUGGAUGAAGACGAGGAAGACUAUGACGAUGAGAGUUUCAGAGGCUUCAGGUUCCCACAACCAGUCCCAAGGCACCACAUAUCCACGCUGCACCUGGAUGAACAUGGCGUUCAUGGACACAGCCUAAGUGGUGAGGUUUUGUUCGAGAUUCCGCACAGUCGUUCGCAGGCUGAGCUCUUCACUGCUGGAAUGCUGUUGGAGCUGAUUUCAGAGGAGACAGGGUGCGAGGCCGGAGUUCUGCUCCGUGAUGGCAGCGAGCUAUCAAUGUCCGACCCUGUCGGUGGAGAAGGGGUUCUAACACUAAAGCAGACAAUUCGAGACUGUCGAACUCUUCUGUGCCGAAAGGUCUACCGCAGUGGCAAUCCGAGCUUGAGGGAAGGGGAGGUUUGCCCAGACCUCCGCGAUGUCACGGAACCUGUCCAAGCACUAAAGGAGUGGCGGACGUGGGUGACAAGAGGCUAUCAAGAAAUACCUCAUCAGGAGGAGUGUUGGCUGGUCUAUACCAAACGCGAAGUCGUAUCCUACGAAGCAGGCAAUUAUGAGCCGUUGACGCCGUUCGGAUAUUUCCCUCAGGCACCUCUUUGGAAGCUUCCGGCAGGAACAAGGCAGUGGGGAGGUGCCAGAAGUGAUGUCUGGAGCACUUGCCUCAGGCUGCCUGUGCGAAAGCUACUGGAUGAGCACGCGGCCUUAACGCUCGACAGGCCGAUACCACGAUACCAGAUGAUCGUUGAUCCCAAUCAGUUCGUUCACCGGACACGUGACGGUCCUGUGUGGGUGCCGUGCGAGUUUGACAUUUCUGCAGAUGGCACUGCAUCAUUGGUGGGCGGUACGCGAAGUCAUGCCAAUCCACACCUUGCCCAGCAUGUUGCCGGUCCGGUCCUCUCUGCAGCUCUGCCUCUAUUGGCGAAGUUGCGGCGACCGCAGCUUCUCCUGGAUGAUCGGCGGGUGCAAGUUGUGUUUAAGGCACAGCGUAUAAUUGUUCCGGGAGAUGCUGGUGACAACUCGGAUGCAGAGUAUGUCGGUCUGUGGCAUGUCGACGGGCACAGAGAAAACGUAGCCGCGGUCGUACUGUACUACUACCAUGUUGACUCUUCUCUUCGUGGUGGUGACAUGGAGCUCUCUGGACGGGAGCCCAUGGAUGUGCUGGGCUUCGGCGAUUGCAGCAACAACAUCUCUGGCUUGGGAUCGAAGUCCCUUCGGGAGGCUUUGCGAGGUGGAAGCAAGAGUGACCACUCUUCCGCGGUGCACAACUGUCGGGUUCCAAUUGGUGAUGGCACUCUGCUGGUGUUUUCGAACUAUCAAAUGGCUCACCGGGUUCUGAGGUUGAAGAACAUCGGUUCGACAGAGGCCUCGCGCGACUUUGUGGCACUUUUUGUCUUGGACCCGUCCUCACCAGCCCUCCUGCCCGCAAGAAGCAUUCUGGCAGCACCGCACUUGUUGAGACGGACCCUGGCUCCCGUACAGAUGUCAGAGUCAGCCAUCCAGAAUGUGCUGGAGUUCCUGGGAGUCUCGCAAACCGACGUCGAGCGGAAGAUGCAGCGCAAUCGGCUGCUCUCAGAGCAGUUGAAGCCAUCCGGUGAGUUUGCUUGCGGGGGGAAUGUUUAUGCAACCGGGAACGGAUGCUAUACCAUGAUCGGCUGGUUGCACAACAUGCUGGAGCACAGGGGAGGCCCAGCUUUCGAGAAUAUGAACCCGGAAGGAUUCGAACGCCUGGCGGCGCUGAAUCUGCCUCCCGAGGGCUCCGACCGCGGCCUCUCCGAGGUGCUCUCGCUGUCUACUGCAAAGCUGCACCGAAGGCUCAGACAAGUUUCCCCUGAAAAAUAUCCAAGUGAUGGCUCUGAAGAGAGCGAUUAG